AUGAACAAGGCACGUGCAAUGCUGGAUGCCCUCAUGGGCCCACAGCGGGAUCAGAAGAAGGCCGACAAUGCAGAAGACUGGAAGGACAAGAGCAUUUGCAAAGGAUAUCUCAUUGGCUUUUGUCCCUUCGACAAGUCCGUUGUGGGCGGCAAGCGGGGCAUCGAGCCUUGCGACAAAAUCCACUCGGAGGUGAUCCGAGAGAAGUUCUUAGCCACGAAAGAUGGCAAAGAGGGCAGCGAUCUAAGAAUCAAGUACGAGGAGUACUCGAUUCGCGACUUGGAGUUUUGUGUCCAGGAGGCCGAGGCAUACGGCCGAAGAGAGGUAGAACGCUUGCGGAAAGAACCCAGGUCCAAGGCGCUGCCUGCCGAUGUGAACCAGAAGAUUUCGCAGAUGAAGCGGGAGAGCACCAACUUGGCACAGAAGGCCAACGCUUUGGAAGACUGCGAGGCGCGCAAGAAGGAAGAGCUGACGAAGCAGUCUGACGAUCUCUUGGAAGAGGCGAAGAAGUAUGAGAAGGAGGAAGAAGAGAAGGUGAAGGCUAACUUUCGGCCGCUGGCUUGUGAGGUUUGCGGAACUGCAUACAUCAGCAACAACGAGGGCGAAUACGAAGCGCACCUGAGGUACAAGAUACACAACAGUUAUGCGGAGAUCCGUGCCCGGCUCAAAGAGCUCAAAGACAAGAAAGCCGAGCGCGACAGAAUUCUCAAGGAGAAGAAGGAAGAGGAGCGCAAAAAGAAGAACGAGGAAUACAUGAAGAAGGUGGCAGAAGAGGAGAAAGCUGAGCAAGAGGCUGAUGGCGGCGACGGCGAAGGCAGCAAUAGAGCAAAGUCCAAGAGCAAGCAACAGGACGAGUCUCAAAAGGAGAACGGCUACAAGAAGAAAAGGCGAGUAGCCGCAGCAAAGAUCGAGGAAGAGGCAAGUCAAGAAAGGAUCGAGACAGGGAUCGCCGUGGCAGAGCAAGAAAGGAGCGUCGAGGCCUUGCGCUUGCUGUGGAUUGAAUUCACAGUUUACCAUCGCAUGAGAGCAGCUGUGAGAGCAAGGACAGCCCGUGCCGGCGCACUGACUAGUCCAGUUCAGCGGGAGGAGACCUUUGCAAACAACUGCGCAGACGGCCAAGCAAUCCUGGCCGGAGGAAGCAUCGCAGAAGCGCAGGCCGUGCUCCUCCGAGUUGCCGACAUCUACAUUGCGUUUGCCGGAGGGCCUCAGGUCUCCGAGCAGGCAAAGAUCGCGUACUCUCGCGGGGCUAUUGUCAUUCCCUUGUGCAGCGGCCUCAGUGACUCUGACAGUUUCCCUGCCCACGUUCUCAAGAAGCCGGCCUUUGUCAGAGAGGAGCCUUGGGCCCUGCUGACGGCCAGAAGUCCGCAGAAUCGAGAAGCGGUGGCAAAGGCUCUGACUGGAGUCAUCACAAGCGCCUCUCAGCUGAGAAGGCAUCCGGACAGUGGUUCAGGCUCGUACACUGGUCGUCAAGAGAAAAUGCGAGUUGAGCGACUGGCCUUGUCGACCUAUGCGAAGGGCACUCCCUGGCUAUCACACUGCCUGGAUGGCAUCGGCAGACCUGCACUAGAGAUGGCCGGCGAUGUCAUCUCUGUCGUUGGUCCACCAGUGUACAGCUUCUACUCUGGGCUUUUCACAAUCUACAAGGCCUUGCCUCGAGACGCAGCCACCUGCCUGUGGGGUCUUGGACAGUGUUUCUUCGGUGGCCACUAUACUGCCUUCUUCGCGGCAGCUGAAUCCUUCAAAAGCGCAGGUGGUGAUCAGAUGCUCGCAAGCCUCCAGGAUCUGCAGGUGGAUGCGGUUGCAGUUCUUGAAGCAAAUGCCGACAUGGAAAAGGAUCUAGGAAAACCCACGUCGGCCUGGGAAAAGGUCCAACUGGUUCUCUGCACGGUUGAUCCACAGCGAAUCUCCGAUGCCCUGGGAAGCCUUUGGACGGGUUACAUGGGCCUGGUACUCGCUCUAAAGUACAAGUUUGCGAGGACAGUCGCCUUCGCUCAUUCAAUAGGGGAUCACCUGCGACCGCUGGCUGCUAAAGCGCUAGCGCCUGCUGCUCUCGCAGUGACACCACCUGAGUACCGGCAAUGGAUCGAGCCGAGUAUCAACCUUGGCUGCAAGGCAAUUGCCACGGCUGCUGCUUGGAAGCUUCAACGUAUUCUCUCCUCCGUGCAGACGGGCAUCGCUGGAGGUUUGCUCGUCGGAAGGAGUGCUUGGUCGCUCCUGCUGCCUGCUCUUUAUCGCCGUGGAGUGGUUUCAAAACAGAGCAUGGAGGACUCCAUGAUGGACGAGCUUAUCGGCUGGAGCCUGGCAAUAUCGGGAAUGUAUUACCAGAUCGUCCAAGGGGUGCGGCGACCAGAUUUCGCAAGGGAUGUGGCGAGCACCAGCCGGACCACCGGAUGCAAGUUCCUGUUCUCAUCUGACAUGGUUGCAGUGGUCCGUGGCCUGGCUGGCGGCGGAAUGAGCGCUUUACUUUGCAAAUUUGCAGGAGCAGCUUUGCACAGAGAGCGAAUCGAUUCCGAAACUGCGACCGGACCGGGCAGUUGCUCGAAGCUUCAGUUGGGUGCAAAGAUUGCAUGCAAACUGCGUUCCUGCCGGCGUGAAGUCGAUGCAGAGCAGGAGGACAUGUGCGGGCAACCAGAGUGCGAUGAGAUGCGCGGAGGGGCUGCCUGCGCUGACGGUGCGGAGUGGACGACACGGGAUGAUCGUGAAACUGAUCUUGAAACGGUGGAAGAGAUUGAACCAGAUGCUCAAAAGGGCGCGGAGGCGCCUGGCCCCAGAGCCGGCAGCGCGUCGGCAGGAUGGAGCCAGGCUCAGGGCAAGCAAGUGGUGCAGCCGGCAGAACGGCAAAGCGUUCCAAAGUGGAUGCCAACGCUGAGGCAUUUGCAGAGCGGUGGCAGGAUGCCCGGGCUCAGGCAAAGGAGGGGCGACCUCCAGUGA